AUGUCACUCAGACGCUCAGCCCGACUGGGUUCCAUCCCAACCAUCAAGGCACCACUACUGCAAAGCGCAGCUCCGAGCGAAGCAACCAGAGUCCAACACAGCGCAGUGGCAAAACCUCGCAAGGCACCCACGAAGCCCAAUAAAUCAGAUAAAAAGCCCACGAAAACGAAACCCAAAAAAAAGAACGUCUUAUUGACACCGCCUCCCCUCGACCGCCCCGUCGACCCGCAUCGAACAAACGCAACCCUCAUCACCCCUCAUGGCUCAACGGUAAACGCCUACCCAGCCCACGUAGAAGAUGCCUCGCCCUCGAAAACCGGCCUUCCGCGGCCAAUGGCCACAACAGGAACAUUACUCGAGAAAGCCACCGCGCACCUCAUAGCAACAGAUCCACGCAUAGCAACAGUGAUUGAUCAGCAUCCAUGUCCGCUCUUCUCGCCUGCCGGCUUAGCAGAGGAAAUCGACCCCUUCAACAGCCUGACCAGCAGUAUCAUCGGCCAGCAAGUCUCCGGCGCAGCAGCAAAGUCUAUCAGGAACAAGUUUCUGACGCUAUUUGAUUUACCCGAUACUGUUGCGCCGGAUGGACAUAGACAUGCAAAGUUCCCGACACCGGAUCAGGUCGCUAAAUGUGAUAUUCCUACACUGCGCACGGCGGGGCUGUCGCAGCGUAAGGCAGAGUAUAUCCAGGGACUUGCAGAAAAGUUUGCCAGUGGAGAGCUUGGAGCGAGGACGUUGGCACGGGCUACUGAUGAGGAGCUUUUUGAGAAGCUUAUUGCUGUUCGUGGAUUGGGGCAGUGGUCGGUUGAGAUGUUUGCUAUGUUUGCGCUUAAGCGCAUCGAUGUGUUUUCUACUGGGGAUUUGGGAGUACAACGAGGCUGUGCUGCCUUUGUAGGUCGUGAUGUGAGCAAACUCAAGGGCAAGGGUGGUGGUAAGUUCAAAUAUAUGGCUGAAAAGGAUAUGCUGGAACUUGCUGCCAAGUUUGCACCAUACAGGAGUCUGUUUAUGUGGUAUAUGUGGAGGAUUGAGGAUGUUGAUGUGGCUGUUCUUGGUGGUUAA